GUUCGCUUGGCAGCUUUCUCUCUCCCUCUCUCCCUCUUUCUUCUAAGUUCGAACUCGAGAAAUGGCGGUGGAUUCUUCUUCAGGAGUAAUCAUCGUCGCUGCCGUGUUUCUACAUGCUGCGACAACCAUAGUUUUCGGCUCCGACUCGGUUCUCAAGCUAGAGAGAUUGAUUCCGCCGAGCCACGAGCUUAGCUUGGCUGAGCUCAGAGCUUUUGAUUCAGCUCGCCACGGAAGGUUACUGCAGUCUCCCGUCGGCGGUGUCGUUGAUUUUCCGGUUUAUGGAGCCUCCGAUCCGUUUCUCGUAGGACUUUACUAUACAAAGGUUAAACUUGGGACACCACCAAGAGAGUUCAAUGUUCAAAUCGACACGGGAAGUGAUGUUUUAUGGGUUGCCUGCUCUUCCUGUAACGGCUGCCCCAAGACUAGUGAACUCCAAAUUGAGCUGAGUUUCUUUGAUCCUGGAACCUCAUCCUCAGCUUCAAUGGUUUCAUGUUCAGACAAGAGAUGUUCCUCCAAUUUCGAGUCGGAAUCUGGCUGUUCUCCCAACAAUCUCUGCUCCUAUGCGUUCAAGUACGGUGACGGAAGUGGCACUUCUGGUUACUACAUCUCAGAUUUCGUUUCCUUUGAUACCGUCAUCACCAGUACCUUGGCUAUAAACUCCUCUGCUCCCUUUGUAUUCGGGUGUAGCAAUUUACAAACGGGAGAUUUACAGAGGCCUAGGAGAGCAGUUGAUGGCAUCUUUGGGUUAGGCCAGGGGAGUUUAUCUGUAAUUUCACAGCUCGCUACGCAAGGACUCGCGCCGCGAGUGUUCUCUCAUUGUCUGAAGGGAGAUAGUAACGGUGGAGGUGUAAUGGUUCUUGGUCAAAUCAAGAGACCUGAUACUGUCUAUACUCCUCUUGUUCCAUCUCAGCUACAUUAUAAUGUGAACCUGCAGAGCAUUGCUGUGAACAAUCAGAUAUUACCGAUUGAUCCAUCUGUUUUCACAAUAGCCACUGGUGAUGGGACGAUCAUUGAUACAGGGACCACUCUUGCUUAUCUUCCUGACGAAGCUUAUAAUCCAUUCGUCCAAGCUAUAUCAAGUGCUGUUUCACAGUAUGGGCGUCCCAUUACUUAUGAGAGUUACCAGUGCUUUGAUAUCACAUCUGGUGACGUUGAUGUCUUUCCAGAAGUUAGUUUGAGCUUCGCUGGUGGUGCAUCAAUGGUCUUGACCCCUCGUGACUAUCUUCAGAUGUUUUCUAGUUCAGGAAGUUCAAUAUGGUGCAUUGGUUUCCAGAGAUCGCCGCAGCAGCAUCGUAUAACGAUUCUUGGCGAUUUGGUUCUGAAAGACAAAGUGGUGGUCUACGAUCUUGUUCGCCAACGGAUUGGAUGGGCAGUAUACGACUGCUCUCUGGAAGUGAACGUUUCAGCGACAGGAGGAGGAAGAAGCAAAGACGUAAUAAACACGGGGCAGUGGAGAGAGAGCAAGAGCUCAGAGAUUGAUUAUUAUUAUUACUUGUUCUUGUUACAAGUUGCUUUCCUUCUCCAUAUUUUGCUCUCUCGUAACUUCCUCCAUUUCUUGUAGCUUUCUAGCAUUAACUGCCACGGAGAUGACUUUAACUUACUUUCCUGAAAAGCUAAGAGUGUCAGAAAAAAACAAGCUUAUUGUUGUAAUAUUAUUAUCACAUAUAUUACCACUAAUUAAUUCUUACUUACAAA